GUUCCAGCAGUGACAUUUUUCUUUCAUUUCUUGCAUAAUGCCGGAACCUAAAUGACCUUUUUUUGUUUGGCAGAUUUGUAGCUCAAAGAACCCAUUGAGACUUCAACAACCUUUAAUUGUUCUAGCUUGAACUAGCCAUGUAUGGUUCCACAAUAAAGUCCUAUUGGGUUCCUCUUCAAAAACAAUAACUUCCAGGAACUAUUGUUCUUCUGCAUAGUCACCAGCAGACACACUGUUCAGAUCUUUGUGUGACUCUUUAUCACGUGAGAACCAGUUCAGCCUUAAGUUCACCGUGUUAUAGUUCACGUCAACGACAAAAAAAACACAGACUAGCACUCCCUGGAUGACGCUAGUUCAUGGGGUAACAGUUUAUUCAGCUUAAGGUUCAGUGUGUGAUAGUUGAUAGUCGUUUUGGAGUAGACACAGCAGCGCGGAGAGCGAUGUGGUGCCAGGGACAUGGAGCUCUUUUCCGAAGAACAACAGGAAGUGAUUCGACGGACACAGGAAAUGAGAUCAGCAGUGGGCUGCAGCUGGUAGGAAAGGGGUGGUCAUGGAGGCCAGUACGUGAGGGGCCGUGUGUGUGUUUCUGUGUGUGUGUGUGUGUGUGUGUGAUAUGUGAGUGGGAACAGAAUCAUAGGAGGAUGAGAGGGUGGAGCAAAGGUGCCUGUCUCUAUGUUGAAACUCCAACUACUCAUUUUCCCGGGAAAUCAAGCUUGAAUCCACUGGAAUUAUGAGAACAGCUUGUGGAGUGGGUUGUGUAAUUUUGCUGUCAGUUUCUUCUUCUACCUCUUCAUUUAUAAAUAAAUUUGGAUUCCAUCUAUACAAAAGUUGAUCUCUUGCAAGGCCUGGCUUUGUGUUUGCUCGUUCUGGACCUGGUCAGAACAGUCGAGUCAGCAUAUGCGUGUGCAGCAGUCUCCUGUCUUUCUGUCUUUCAUUCUUUGGGGUCGUUUUCAUCAAAGCCCCCGGUCACUUUGAGCCUGUGGUCGAUUUUCACUCCGUAUGCACAGAUAUUUGGGCUGUAAUGAGUAGGCUACAUGUCUUCAGCUGCCAAGUUGCAAUGUCAGCUUUCCACUGUUCGUUCUGAGGAGCAGCGCCUGCGUUAUCUGAAGCAGCAGGACGGCAGGUCGGGCCAGUCGGUGCCCGAGACGGAGAAGCUGCAGCGCCUGAAGGAGCGCGUGGACAGCCAGGAGGCCAAGCUGAAGAAGGUCCGCGCCAUGAGGGGACAGGUGGACUACAGCAAGGUCAUCAAUGGAAACCUGUCGGCGGAGAUUGAGCACGUGAGCAACCUGUUCCAGGAGAAGCAGGCCGAGCUGCAGGCGGCCGUGCUGAAGGUGGACCAGCUCACCCAGCAGCUGGACGACCUGCGCGGGGGACGCCUCAACGGUCUGCAGCCUCGCGGGGGUCCCAUCAGUGGGACUGCCGCGCUCGAGCUGCGUAAACUCUACCAGGAGCUGCAGAUCCGUAAUAAGCUCAACCAGGAUCAGAGCAGCAAGCUGCAGCAGCAGAAGGAGAUGCUCAACAAGCGCAACAUGGAGGUGUCCAUGAUGGACAAGCGCAUCGGCGACCUCCGCGAGCGCCUCUACAAGAAAAAAGCAGAGGCACGUCUCCCUCAGCACCGCAGCGUAAGGCCAGGAGCAACCAGGAAGAUGCUUACACAGACGCUAACACAGAUGCUAGAUGCUACAGAACUGAACCGGAUGAACGGACCUCCGUCCCCCCAGCCUGGUUCGGGCAGCUCAGGUCGGGUGGCAGCUGUGUGCCCCUACAUCCAGGUGCCUGUGCCGGGCAGGCAGGAGGGGGGUUAUGCGUUGCCCCCCGACCCCCUGAAGCCUCAGUCGCUUGCCAUGACUGCCACCGUCAACCACGCUCGCUCCAAGUCUGAGGAGGAGGGGUGUGGCGGUGGAGGUGUGCGAAAGCCCCUGGGCCCCUGGAAGGUGUCAGAUUUAGACAUCAUAGCGGACCCCUCGCUGGUGCCGCCCACCGCAGACGAGGCAGAAGGGCCCGCGGCGCCCUCAGAGCCCGCAGGGGCCAACUGUGAUUCCACCAACGAUGCUAACUGGCCAGCUCUCACCAAAAGCAUGCCGCCACUCGUACCUCCAGACAAGAUGGCCGUCGGAAUGCAGGGUGACAAGAGCCUGGACUCGAACAGGCUGGUGGGGGCAGUGACCGCUCUGUCGAAGCAGCCCCACGCGACCUACGGCACAUACCCCAGCGCGGGCCACCACUCCACCAUCUGCUCCACCAGCUCGCUCCCCCGCUCCGCUCCCGCCACCCUGGCCUGGCAGCGCUCCUCGCCCCCCACCUCCCGCUCGGCCUCCCAGCAGAUCCAGCAGCGAAUCUCGGUGCCCCCGAGCCCCUCCGCGUCCCAGACGGGGUCGUCCAUGUUCCCCGGCGGGGAGAGGCCCGACCCUCCGCUGGCGGCCGCCGUGCGACCCUUCGUCACGGACAGAGGGUCCCGACCGCAGUCGCCUCGCAAGGGCCCGGCCACCAUGAACUCCAGCUCCAUCUACCACAUGUACCUGCAGCCAGCAGCUAAGGGCUACCCCAGCAGCAGCAGACCAGCAGUUAAGGCCGUCUAUGGGAAGCCGGUCCUACCCUCCAGCUCCACAUCUCCCUCCCCCGUUCCCUUCCAGCACCAGAGCAGCCGAGACGAGCCGGACGCCGAGGGUGCCCCGCUACCCCCGCCCAACGUGGAGAACAUCCCUCGGCCCCUCAGCCCCACCAAGCUCACGCCCGUGGCCCACUCUCCCCUGCGUUACCAGAGCGACGCCGACCUGGAGGUGCUCCGGCGCAAGCUGGCCAACGCGCCGCGACCGCUCAAGAAGCGCAGCUCCAUCACCGAGCCCGAGGGCCCGACCGGCCCCAACAUCCAGAAGCUGCUGUACCAGCGCUUCAACACGCUGGCCGGAGGCAUGGAGAGUGCCACGGUGGGCACUCCGUUCUACCAGCCGGACAGCCCGCUGAGCUACAUGGGUCCGCCGAUGAUCCUGAGCGAGGCGGACACCACCAAUGGGAACGCGCCUGCGCCCGAAAGCUUGGCGAUGCCACCUGCUGUGGAGGUGCCCAUAACGGACGUCCCACUGCCACCGCCGUCCGGGUCCCCUCCGUCUUCAGAUGCCAACGAGAACAGGCUGGCGCAUCCCAGCGCAGACACGAUAGCCAGUGCUCAGAUUGCCGACGUCCAGCCUUCCUCUCAGAUGUCAAGGCUGGCAGCACCGGACACCACGGAGGACAACAGCAACAAUAACCACCACCACCACAGCGGCCCCGCAAAUGCCCAAAGCAGCCCAGUGCCUGAGGCCCGCACCCCUCCUGCCGAGCCCGAAACGCCGCCUAAAGCUAGCUCACUCCCAAGUCCAUCGUCCAAACGGACCAACCUGAAGAAGCCGGGUUCCGAGCGGACGGGUCACGGGCUGAGGGUGAAGUUCAACCCGCUGGCUCUGCUGCUGGACGCGUCGCUGGAGGGAGAGUUUGACCUGGUCCAGAGGAUCAUCUACGAGGUGCAGAAUCCGAGCACGCCCAACGAUGAGGGCAUCACUCCACUCCACAACGCUGUAUGCGCCGGGCACCACCACAUCGUUAAGUUCCUGCUGGACUUCGGUGUAAACGUCAAUGCGGCAGACAGUGAUGGAUGGACCCCUCUGCACUGUGCUGCCUCCUGCAACAGCGUCCAUCUCUGCAAACUGCUGGUGGAGUCUGGGGCGGCCAUCUUUGCCACGACCAUCAGCGACGUGGAGACGGCCGCAGACAAGUGUGAGGAGAUGGAGGAGGGAUACAUCCAGUGCUCCCAAUUCCUUUACGGUGUCCAGGAGAAGUUGGGGGUGAUGAACAAAGGGGCGGUGUACGCUCUGUGGGAUUACGAGGCGCAGUCGCCUGACGAGCUCUCCUUCCACGAGGGAGACGCCCUCACCGUGCUGCGUCGUCGUGACGACAGCGAGACGGAGUGGUGGUGGGCGCGUCUUAACGAUAAGGAGGGCUAUGUACCACGCAACCUGUUAGGGUUGUACCCCAGGAUCAAGCCCAGACAGCGCUCUUUGGCAUAGCGCCCUCUGGCUGCCACCAUUUGCAAGUGCAAGCUCCUGUGAGCAGCCUGAUGAUCCGCUGGUGCCUGCAGACAGCAGCUUUGCCCCCGGGGCACUGCCCUCUCCGUGUGUCCCCGUGCCCACUGAGCACACCUGGAGAGAGAGAGAGAGAGAGAGAGGAGAGGGCCAUGCCCACACGAACAGCGCCCCAUGUCUGGGUGCCCUGACCUUGGACUGGCGUCUAGUGUCUGGGGUGCCUCAUACAUGCGCGUCUGGAAAAGCGAGCGAAAGGAGGGAGAGGAAGUGAGACAUACAGACUAGUACUCCACCUUCAUUCAGACUAGUACUCCACCUUCAUUCAGACUAGUACUCCACCUUCAUUCAGACUAGUACUCCACCUUCAUUCACGGCUGUUUACUUUAAUAUGGCUGAACCUGUUUUUUUUUGUUUUUUGUUUACCCUACUGGAUCACGCAGCUUCGUUAGUGUUCGUAUCAUAUUUUUUCAGACGAUCUUUUCUGAUACAGUUCACUUGCGGUGUGUGGGUGAGCUAGAAGUUGGAAUGGGCAUGUGAGGAGAAGGGGAGAGUGGGAACGGAAGAAUUGUUGUGAACAUUUCAAGGGUGUCCUCGAAAGUAUGUUUAUUUUUGUGUGCGUGUGAGUGGACGUGUGUGUGUGUGUGUGUGUGUGUGUAGAUGGGGCAGAGAGAUAGAGGAAAUGGUCGGAGACUGAAGUGGAACAUAGGAGCUGACUCUGAAAAAAGGAAGGAACCAAAGGCAUCUGAAAGUGUUUUUUUUUUCUUCAAUGGAGAAGGAGGACGACUUGAAUCUUGAGGCUAGCAGAGAGUUUUUUUAAAAAAAAUAUUAUUAUUGAAGGAAACAGAGAGUUUUUUUUUAUUAUUAUUAUUGAAGGAAACAGAGGAAGUGGCUCAGGGAGGAAACUGUGUACGUGUUAAUUUGUGAAUGUGUGCGGAUGUGCAGAAGUUAAGGCUGUGCUGAAGAGUGAGUGAUGAGAGGUUUCUUGAGGAUAGCUAUCAGCAAACUACAGAAUCUAUGGCAGCAUUAGGGAGAGGUCGGAGGUCAAACCUGUGAAAUGAUCAAAAUAUGAAGGGUAUACUGUAUUCAGGGGGAGAUCCUCGAUUUUGAACUUGUAUCCUUAUACAAUCAUUUUUUUAAAAACUGAAAUACUUAGACAGGAACGUGUAUGUUGUAUUAUAUUUUUCCUGUUUUAAGUGUUCUUUAUUUAAUGCGCAUUGAAAGUAAUGCUUUUAAACUGCUCUGCAAGAGAAUACUCCCAUUAAACAGGUGGUGGAGACAUGGCUGAGUGGAGUGGCAUCAUACACACAAUUUACACAAGAUGUCCUAUACAUGUAUAAAAUAAAAGAGAACCCAGACUGGGACAAAGUGAGAA